AUUAUGUCACUUUAGAGCGCUGAGAUUGGCCAAAGAUGACGUCCUCUUCCGGUUUCGUUUGCAUAAAGGGGCCGCGCUCGUCGCUGUCGCCGUGGAGACGGCGAACAAACGAACUGCUGAAGUUCAGUUCAGUCUGAAGGUGACGUUUGUGGACUGCAGUCACAGAUUUUCAGCGGGGUUUGAAGAUUGGGCUCUGACCAGGCCAUGCGAGGACAGUUUUGGGUCAUUGUCAUGUUGGAAGGUUUUGAGCCGUUCGGUGAGCAUGCUGUCAAUGCCAGCUGGGUGGCAGUACAGGAGCUGCAGAAACUGGGUUUGGGUCACGAUAUAAACCUUCACGUCGCUGAAGUUCCUGUGGAGUAUCAGGCGGUCCAGAGUCUUCUCCCGUCUCUAUGGACACAGCACCUUCCUCAAUUAGUGGUCCACGUCGGAGUGUCCGGGAUGGCCACUACAGUAACGCUUGAACAGUGUGGCCACAAUCAGGGUUACAUGCGUCCGGACAACUGCAGUUUCUGUCCUAAAUCCUGCUGCUGUCUGGAAGGAGGACCGGAUUGCAUUCAUUCUGUCAUCGACAUGGACGCGGUCUGUAAGAGAGUCAACUCGUCCGGGCUCGGCGUCUCUGUGUCUGUAUCAAAGGACGCUGGAAGGUAUCUGUGUGAUUACACCUACUACACGUCUCUGUUUCUGGGCGAGGGCAGGUCUGCGUUUGUGCAUGUUCCUCCUCUGGGGAAGCCCUACAGCGCAGAGCAGCUCGCUCAGGCCCUCAGGGCCGUCAUCCUGGAGAUGCUUGAACUGAUGGAGCACAACAAGGGAAAGAAUCACUGUCUGCACGACCAAUGAGAACACAAGCUGAGUCUCAUACGCAAUUAUGUGUCGUCGCCUUGGACUCAAGAGUUCAUGCACAUUUGAAGACAUCCGUGUCUUAACUUGCGUGCUGCAUACUAGGAUCAAUCAGCUGGUUCGAGAUGCAACUUGUGUCUAAACUCAACCCUACGGCUGCGUUCAAAGAGUCAAGAAAGCACUUUAAUGGGGUACACUUGAAA